AUGAUCAUCAAAAUUGCUUCUCCAUUCGUUGUGGUCAGCUUGAGCCUCCUAGGAGUCAUAGGACUGAUGCCAUCCGUUGUAGUUGUAUCGGCAAGAAGAGGCUGUGUCCCGCGAUGCGGUGGCGGCGAAUCACGGUGCAUGAACGAUUUGAAACGUCCAAUGCAAGUAGGAAGCCCCAUCUGCGUUAUGGAUCGCGUAGUUGGUAAUACUCAGAAGUGGAAACCAUUAUGUGAACGUGGCAGUGUCGAAAGAUGUCCUUUCAACGGGGACCUCCCUACUUGUGAUACCUGCUAA